AUGUCGAGCGGCAAGACUUUCAAGUUGAACAACGGCGUGACCAUUCCAGCGGUCGGAUUUGGCACAUUCGCCAACGAGGGUGCCAAGGGCGAGACGUACAAGGCCGUGACCACUGCGUUGAAGGUCGGAUACAGACACCUGGAUUGCGCGUGGUUUUACCAGAACGAGGACGAGGUUGGCGAUGCCGUGCGGGACUUCCUCAACGAGAACACGAGCGUGAAGCGCAGCGACAUCUUUAUCUGCACCAAGGUGUGGAACCACCUUCACGAGCCCGAGGAGGUCAAGUGGUCGCUGCAGAACUCGCUCGAGAGGCUCAAGGUCGACUAUGUUGAUCUCUUCCUGAUCCACUGGCCAAUCGCCGCCGAGAAGGACGAGAAGAACAUGCCCAAGCUGAACGAGAAGGGCCAGUACAUUAUCAAGGAGGAGCUCACCAAGAACCAGCAACCGACCUGGAGAGCUGCGGAGGAGCUGUACGAGGCUGGCAAGGCCAAGGCAAUCGGUGUCUCCAACUGGACAAUCGCAGGCCUGAAGGACUUGCUCAGCUGGGCCAAGGUCAAGCCAGCAGUCAACCAGAUCGAAAUCCACCCAUUCCUGCCCAACGAGGAGCUCGUCAAGUUCUGCUUCGAGAAAGAUAUCCUGCCAGAAGCAUACUCGCCGCUCGGCUCGCAGAACCAGGUUCCAAACACCGGCGAGAAGGUCAGCACCAACGAGACGCUGAACAAGAUUGCGGAGAAGGGAGGCAACACGCUGGCACAGGUCCUGAUUGCCUGGGGUCUGCGACGAGGCUAUGUCGUGCUGCCGAAGAGCUCGACUCCAUCCCGAAUCGAGAGCAACUUCAAGACCAUCGAGCUCACCGAUGAGGAUUUCGAGGCUGUCAACCAGGUCGCCAAGGGUCGUCAUACCCGCUUCGUCAACAUGAAGGACACAUUCGGCUACGAUGUCUGGCCAGAAGAGUCGUGA